AUGGAGUUACUCGUUAAUGUCUCAACAGCAGCAACACGUCCAUCGUCCACUGAAAAAACGACAAAAGUAACUCCUCACGCUCCGCUGAUUAUUAAAAAUCUUUAUCUGGUAGAAGAAACACCUGCAUCAUCGCCGACCGGCAUCAGAAUCUUGCCAAAAAGUCCAUUAGGUAAACGCAAACCAGUUGUUGCUACUGAUCAUAUCGAAUUACCAGAUGGCAAUGGCACACCACAUCUAGCCGAGAGUUUCAAACCAGAUGGUGAAGAAACGGAAAAUAGUGAUGAAAAAGAAGAUGAUGAAGAAGACGAAAAUUAA